UUCAUUAUGUGAACUGAAUAUUUUAUGCCAAUAUUUCGUUAUAUGAUUUGAUGUUUUAUACGAAUAGUCAACUAUUCCAUUUAUACACGAGCUAUAUGGGAUUUAAAAUUCGAAUAGGGGUAAGUAUUUACAAUACUUAAUUGUCGAGAACCAAUUCUGUAAUGUCCGUAUGGUAGUGUAUUGAUUCCAUCUGAUCUAUAUCUCUUGUCAUCUAAACUGUUUAGAGUGACUUUGUUUUGGCCGAUUGAUGCGAUGCAUGUUGGCGUGCAUUAUAGUUUAUUUUAACAUGCAAUCUUUGUAGGGUUGAUGAUGUAGGUCGUGUUCGAUAACGGCACGCGCCACACCUUUAGAAGUCCGUUUCUUUUCAUCUCCGUAAAUGUAGGAAUAUAUUCUAGCUCUCAGUACCACAAUUCCCACCAGUUUCGUCUUUUAUUUUCUUCGUCACAUUCUUGGUUUUUGCACUGUGUGAUAAAUUGUCUAUUGAGUUGUUACAAGUGUGAAAAAAGUCCGAGUUCUAAACCAUUUAACGUAGAUGUCAGUUUGGGUCAAGUAGGUCAGGAAGUCUUUAUCCGUGAAUAAAAGUUUCGUGUUCUGUUCGAAGUUCUUUUCCAUGUAGCUGUAAUGAGAGUCGCACAUGUCUAUUUUAAAUUCAAGACAGCGAAUCCUUCGUAAACGUGACAGUUUAGCACUUAAUUAAAAUUCUGCCAUUGUAUUCCCACUAGGUCCUCAUUGAAUAGUUUGCAGUGUUGAAAGGUACUACCAUGUGUGAUAGUAAUAUAGUAAUCUUCGUUUAACUCGUGGUCGUUGACAUCAUUUGUCGUCAUGAAUGCCAGCGCGAGCAGGAAUUAGAUAGCGAAGAAAGGGAACCAACAGUGAAAACAAUCGCUCAACUAAAUCUCUAUUGUUACAAAACGAGGUAAUUGUGGUGAUGUGUUCGAAGAAGAGAUUUGUUAUUCUAUCUCCUGUAUAAGGUAUUAUAGUACACAGGUGUCGAGACCAGUGGGAGCUGUAUCACCAAGUCAGGAACUACCUAACGAUGGAGUUGGAUACAAAGAAAAAUAGCCGGUUCUUGCCGACCAUUGUAGUAGUGACGUCUCUCGUGCUGAUGACAAUGCUGCCUGCUUACAUAACGAAGAGUAAUGAGAUAGUUCCCAUCAAGGAGCCAUGUCCACGUGUUUACAUGACAAAUACUGACAAUACUUCAGUGGAAAACCUUCUCAGACAAUCCAUACAAACAUUUGGCACCAUUGAUAAAGGACAGAGGUACAUUGUGUAUGAUUGCAGUAAGGCUAAAGAAGGCGUCUGUGGUGGAUGGUCUGACAGAAUGUCCGGCAUUCUUUCCACCUUAGUAAUAUCCCUCCUGACUAAACGACGCUUUCUUAUCAAACAUGACAAGCCAUGUCUCAUUGAAGAUUAUCUUAUCCCUGCAGAUCGUUUCGAUUGGCGUUUCAAUAAAUCUAUACUUUUAAAUAAAACAUCUUCCUAUCAGGACCUAAGCGCACGGAAAUCUACAAAUCUUAGAAAGUAUUUGUCUGGAAGUUUAGAUAUCAACACUUACUUCGAACAUGAUGUCAACUUUGUUCGUAUGAAUUGGGAUUUUACAGAGGAAUUUAGAAAAAGGCGAAACAUCGAAGAUGAGAUUCCAUGGGUAACAAAACUGAAAUAUGCUGACAUGUAUAAACAACUGUUUAACUUCCUCUUCACACCAUCGCCUCUUUUUGCCAAGGCAUUGAACGAGGUGAAAAGUCAGCGGACGAGACCUAAGAUUGCGUGUGCCCAUUUACGUGUCGGGGGUAAUCCCACUAUGCCGGGAGAUGACCGCCGUAAGAGGCUUAGAGUGGAUUUAGUUUGGAAACAUUUCAAAAAAUUAAAUAAAAGGAUUUAUGAUAUUUUCAUAGCAACUGAUGCAGAACACGUGAAAAGGAUGGCUAAAAAACGGUAUCCAGCGAACAUUAUUGACACCCCCGGAAAAAUUACACACAUCGACCAACCGAACAGGAAUGAUCCUGGUGUUGGAUUUCUAAAACAACUUUUAGAUUUCUACACAUUGAUGAAUUGUGAUGUUCUCAUAACUUCUGAAAGUGGAUUUAGUAUAUUUGCAGCGUACCUUCGGGAUACGGACAGUGAUUUGUAUUGUCUACGAAGUGAGGGUAUUAUACCUUGUACCAGGUACACAAUCAAUGACAUUUUCCCAGGACAUUUCCUAGCACCUGAUUAAUAAAUGCUUGUCAGAGUAGAUAAGCUUAGG